CCAUUAAAACCGCCACACACCACACGCGCCUUUUCGUUUUCCCGCCCUUUCCUCUUCCCGCCAAUUCAUUGUUUUUCACCGCCUCUCUCUCUUUCUCUCACACACACAAACUCCGAUCGCUGUUCUUCAACCGAAACACCGCCCUAACCAGAGUCAACAACAGGUACGAGCUCUCCGAUCGUAAACCCUAGAGCUUCUAUAAACAUCAUCCAGCACUCAAAAGUUCAUCAAACAAGGUUAUCUAGGGCUACCGUUAGGGCACAGUUCAAUAAAUUUCUAAAGUCCAUCUGUUUAACAGCGGCGAUGAAGAGAAGCACCAGAUCUUUCGUCCACAAGGUUCUACGAUCACGAAAACGCUUGUUUGCUGAUCGAUACGAGGAUGAAGAUAAGCGUCUCAGAAUUAUAUCUCUUUCUUUUUUCGAUACUCAAGUCAACAAGUUUAAUAUUUAUGAUCACAAUUUACAAAUUAAAAGCCUCGAUUUGGAGAAAUCGAAGAAAGUGAGUGUAAAUGGAACCAAUGAGGUUGUUGGAAUCGAAUUGGUUGAUGAUAAUGCGAGUAGAGUUAGGCGAUUCGGAAUUGUUUAUACAAGGAAACGGAAGCGGUGUGUGUCGGUAGAUUCGCGUUUAAAAUUCGACGUUUUUGAUGAAAGUUGUGGUUUAGCUAAGGUGUAUGAGAGGAAAAAGAAGAAGGUUAGAGUUAGUUUGGAGUCUGGUUUUGGUGGAAAAUAUGUGUUGAAGAAAGGGCCUGGUGUGUUUGCUGUUUUAUGUGGUUGUGAAAGUGAUGAGAAUGGUAGUGGUGUUUAUCGGUUUUCGUGUUUUGUGAGCUUGGUGUUGAGGUACUUGAGGCUGGUUGAAGUUUUUUCUUGGAGACAGUUUUCGUCGUUUUUGGAGUUGGAACCGAAUUCAAGUGUUUACUUAUCGAUCGGCAGUCGGUUUGUGCAGGAUUCUACUUGCACUACAAGCCAUGGGCUCUUCAAAGUAUUUGGCUCCAUUCAUUCUAUACCUUCUUUUACUAUGAACUUCAAUUCACUUCCAUUUUGCUUCUUGUAUAUACACUCAAACUUACAUCUGAAACAUUCUUUUCUGUCAUAUUUAUCUAUAAACCGUCCAACCGAUAAAAAUGACACAAAUUACGAUCCCAAAACGUCAUCAAUUGCUACUCUCAAAAGGGACCCUCCUUUAGUUAAACUUGUGGUAGCUAAAAAGGCUAGAUCUGCAAGAAAAAGGAUUCCAAGGGUCUCACUUUUCAACAAUUUAUCGCAAAGAAACGGUUCGGCACAUGUAGAAAGUACAGUGCCAGUGCCUGGUGUGAGGGAAAUAGUUGGAUAUGCAGAGGACGAUUAUGUACCCUUUACGUUACCCGAGUCGUAUAUAAGUUCAAAAGGCGAUGAAGCUUCUAGAACUUUAGAAAAGAGUUGCCCGGUUUAUGAUAUGGAUUCUGAUGAUGAACAAUGGUUAAAGAAGCUCAACCAUGAGAAUGUUUCAGAAGAUGUUUUUGAAAAAGUAAUUGAUGCAUUCGAAAGAGGAAUCUAUUGCAGUCCACAUGAUUAUUCUGAGGCUGCAUCAGCCGUUGAUCGGUGUUUAGAGCUGGCACCAAAGGAAGUUUUGGAGGACGUGUAUAGUUAUUGGAUGACUAAAAGGAAGAAGAAACGGUCUGCUCUUAUUAGAGUUUUUCAGUGUUAUAAGCAGAAAAGAGUCAGACGACGUUUUACAAGUACUGUUCUUCGCAAGAAAAGGUCAUUUAGAAGACGUGCGAGCCAACGUUUUGCAGAAAAGCCGUUUGAUUUUAAGAAAGCAAUGUUGAAUGAUGAAAAGUUGUUGGAAGAGUCAAAGGCCUAUAUCAAAGUGCAUGAAGCACAAGAAGCCGCAAAGAGAUCAGAAGAGGCAUCCAUUAUUAAAAGGCAACAAGCUCAAGCUCUUAUGGAGGCUGCUGAUUUGGCAAUUUACAGAGCAACGAUGGCACUUAGAAUUGCAGAAGCUCUAGCAGCCGGUGGCUCAGUUGAGCCACUAACUGGUGCCACUUUUGGUUUUCUUGCGGAGUGACCUGCGACCCUGUGGUCUUGUGUGGUCUAGAAUUGUAGACCACAUACCAUUUUUUCUUCCAGUAACUGAAUGGGAAGUAUGCAGCCCAGCGGUUGAGUUGAGAAACCGGUUGGUUGAUUUUUGUAGAGUUUAUUGAUUACUUGUAACUGGCUGUAUUUAUUGUAGAAAACUUUACAAGUGAUUAUGUGGGUUCGGAGUCUGCUAAAUAGUGAAUAAAGGGGUCAAUAUGUCAA